UUCCUAAAACGUUCAAUAUAUUAUCACGAAGUUCAAAGACACAUCGAGUCGAUUGAGGAAUAAUUCAUAGUUUAUCAUCAUCGUGUAAGCUAUUAUCGAAUUUCAAUGUUCAUCAUCGUCACAGAAUAAAGAGGAAUAAAUAGGGAGAGAGAGAGAGAGAGAAAGAGAAAGAGAGAGAGAGAGAGAGAAACAAUGAGAAGAAUAGAGAUAGAAAGAGGAGCAUAAGGUUAAGCAUUGCUACGUUCGUCAUCGUCGAGGUAUCGUCGCCGCCAUCCUUCUUCUUCUUCUUCUUCUACUUCUACUUCUGCUUCUACUUCUUCUUCUUCUUCUUCUUCUUCUUCCUCUUCUUCUUCUUCUUCUUCUUCUUGAUCUUUUCGCUCGUCUCCAACGGCGUCACUGCCUAAACGUCGGUUAGGUUAGAAUCUUUCGUUGGUAUCGCGUCUUCGAGGUCCGCGCCGGUUGGAUAUCGGUGCCAAGGAGGCGGUAUGGACCACGGUUAGAAGGAGAGUUAGUUUAGUUAGAGAGGGAGAAAGAGAGAGAGAGAGAAAGAGAGAGAGAGAGAGAGAAGGGGUUAGAGGGGUAGCGUUGGACUCUUGCGUUCAACGUAGUGGAGGAAAAGAGAGAGAGAAAGAGAGAGAGAGAGAGAGAGAGAGAGAGAAGAGAGUUUGCUUGGUAAGAAGAGAAAGAGAGAGAUAGAGCGAGAGCGAAGAGAGGAAAGGGGCUUGCUCCUAUAUCGUUGGUAUUUUGGUUUUGGCUCGGAUCAGCCCGCGCAGUUCUGGGAGUGGAGUUCUAAAAACAGCAGAGCGUUUUUAAUAUUCCAUCCAGUGGUUCUGAGAAACUCUUUCUUCUCGACGACAUCGUGCAACAAUGGGUCGGAAGAAGAUUCAGAUCUCGCGCAUCACGGACGAACGGAACCGUCAGGUGACCUUUAACAAGAGGAAAUUCGGGGUAAUGAAGAAGGCGUACGAAUUGUCGGUACUAUGCGAUUGCGAGAUUGCGCUGAUUAUCUUUAGUUCGAGCAACAAGCUGUACCAGUAUGCGAGCACCGACAUGGACAAGGUUCUCCUCAAGUACACCGAGUACAACGAACCCCACGAGUCCCUCACCAACAAGAAUAUCAUCGAGGCGCUCAACAAGAAGGAACAUAAGGGUGCCAUGUCUCCGGAGAGUCCGGAACCCGACGCGAUCGAGUACAAUCUUACCCCGCGUACCGAGGCGAAAUACACCAAGAUCGACGAAGAAUUUCAGAUGAUGAUGCAGAGGCACCAGCAUAAUGGCACCAGGGGGAUGGGACAGUCUAAUUACACAUUACCUGUAACUGUGCCGGUAAAUAGUUAUGGUGAAUCUCUUCUUGGAUCUAGUCCUCAGAUGGCACAUACAAGCAUUUCUCCCAGACCUUCAUCGUCUGAAACAGAUUCAGUUUAUCCACCAGGAGGAAUGUUAGAAAUGAGUAAUGGCUAUCCUCCAUCAGCUUCCCCGUUAGGCGGAUCACCUAGUCCAGGACCUUCACCAGCACUUGGAGUUGGUGGAGGUAGCGCGAAUAAAGGCAGUAAUCCAUCAAGGCAUUCGCCACAACCACCACCACCUCCACCACCACCACAUCCUCAUAGAGCUAACCUUCGAGUAGUUAUACCGACACCUCUCACACAACCACUUUCUGAAGACACCAAUUAUGACAGCGGUCACACACAAUCUGCAUUGAACACACCGGUAGUAGCAUUACAGACACCUUCGGUACCAGCUGGGUAUUCCAGUUUUGGUCCAACGGAUUAUUCUUCAGAUCUAGGAAGUCUUGCAUGGUCUCAUCAGAGGUACGUUGAUGACUUAUCAAUGUAUUCAGCAGCCACCAUGUCCAGCAUCAGCGGUCUUCCUCAUUUAGCUGUCUCGAGCAGCACUCCACCGCCAUCGACGUCGCCAUUACCAGUGAAAAUAAAAAGUGAACCGAUAAGUCCACCCCGAGAUCCACAUGGAGGUAACAGUGGUUCGAGUGGAGGCCCAAGCAACGCCAGUAAUUUGCAUCAUACAAACUUGAACGUCGGUCCUUCGUCUAGUACCGGUGCACCACCUCCACAUCAUGUACCUCAUGCCGGCCCUCAGACAUUAAAUUUAGUAUCGAGCAGACCGAGCAGUAAUCCACCUCCAUCCCACUCGGGUAGUAUAACUCCAACAAAUUUACCAUCACCAGGUAGUGGGACGGUUGGUGAUAUAAGAACGACGAGUCAUGCUGCUAGUGCUGCUAAUGGAGGAAAUAGUUCAGAUUAUGAAAAUGGACCGCUUAUGAAACGGUCCAGGAUUACGGAAGGAUGGGCGACUUAAUGUCAAUCGAAUUGUUGCACCCAGUUGUUUCAUACCUCGACGUACAACGGCAUAUAGUGCUUGUGAGUUCCAGUAUAUAUUACAAAACUGAUUUUAAACGUCCUCGAGACAUAAUAUACUUCUUCACUUUAAGUGGUUAAUGUAUGGUACAUUGUUGGCCAUAGCUAAGAGAGUGAAUAGAAAAAGAAAAAGAAAAAAAAAAAAGAAAAAAAAAAGGAGAAAGAUAAGAAAACGGAGAAGGGAAAGGAAAGGAAAGGAAAAAAGGAAAAGAAAAAGAAAGAGAGAAAAAAGAAAAUUAAGAAAGAAUAUCUGUUUAUAUUUUCAAACUAUACACAGAAUACAUUUAUUUGAGGAGAGAGAGAGAGAGAGAGAGAGAGAGAGAGGGAGAGAGA